GAAGACACUGGGCACAUACAUACACAGGCGGAGACACAAUGAGCACACACACACUAGGCACGCACACAAACUGAGCACACACACACUGGGGGAGACACACGGGGCACACACAGACACACACAGGGAGAUACGCUGGGCACGCACACACACUAGGCACACACACAUAUGCACACACUGGACACGCACUGACGGUGACAGCUCUCUUUGUUUGGGGUCUGACGCCGGACUGGCCUUGGGCACCGCCUGCGCUGGACACGGCUCUCGCAGCCCUGCGACAGGGGCCGGGUUAAGCCGGCCCAGGAGGAGGGGGCGGCGGGGCUGGAGCUGCCGCUGUCGGUCGGGUUCCCUGCGCCGCCGGGGCCGGAGCGGAUCGCUCCGCCUGCCAGCCGCGGCUCGUGGCACCACCGGCCUCCUGGUGCUUCCAGGGGAGCGGAAGGAGGAUGGCGAAUGGGGGCCCCCGACCCGCCUGGCCCCUGCUGGCCAUGGUGUUCUUCAGCCUGACCGCUUCUCUGGGCUUGGCGGAUGAAGACUGCCUGUGGUACCUGGACAAGAAUGGCUCAUGGCACCCUGGCUUUGACUGCAACUUCUUCACCUUUUGCUGCGGCAAUUGUUACCAGCGCUACUGCUGCAUCGACCCCCUGAAGCUCAUCACGGAGAGGCAGCAGAAGCACUGCCUUGCUUUCAGCCCAAAGACCAUCGCUGGCAUUGCCUCAGCCGUCGUCCUCUUCGUGGCCAUCGUUGCCACCAUCAUCUGCUGCUUCAUGUGCUCCUGCUGCUACCUGUACCAGAGACGGCAGCACAUGCGGACACCCUUCCAAGGCCAGGAGAUCCCGUUGUCCAGCUACCCAGCUCAGCCACCAUUCACUUACCCUGUGGAUCCCAAAGCAGGACCUGCACCCCCACAGCCAGGCUAUGCCCCCAUGGCCAUGUAUCCGCCCACUGCCCCAGCUGCACAGUAUCCGAUGUACCCAGCAGGGCCCCCGCUGUACAACCCAGCAGCACCCCCACCCUAUCUCCCACCACAGCCUACCUACCCUGGAGCCUGAGGAGACCCCAGAGAGACUGCAAAGUCAGCGCCUUGUGCCCUGGACUGUGAGCUUAUGAGCCCCUGCUGCGGGCUUCUCUGCUGCAUUGUGACUCCUGUGAACCUCAGACACCCCGUGCCUGGUCCCAGACUAGCCAUUGCCACCUUCUCAGCAAAGCGGUGCAGUACGCCCCCUGCCCUCUCCUGCCUGUUUCACUGAGGGACCAUGCCAAUUAGGGUCCCCCUGUGGUCCCCUGAGUAUGACAAGUGGGUCCCCCCAGGGUGGGCCAAAUGGGGUCCCCCUGCAGUCCCUUGGGCAUGAUAAGUGGGUCUCUCCAGGGCCUAUUGAAUGGGGUACCCCCACAGUCACCAGGGCAUGCCAAGUGGGGUACCCCAGGAUGUGCCAAGUGGGGUACUCCUGCAGUCCCUGGGCCAUUUCUGAGUGUCACAGCUCUGUCUGGCUUUAGUGAGGGAGGCUGAGUUCUGAGGGACCAAAACACACAACAUGAGCACAAAGGAAGCUCUUGUGCAGCCAGACACUGGCUCCUUUGUGGGAUGAGUUCCCUCUGCUGAAGCCGCCUCUGCGAAGGCUCCACCUGAGCUCAGCGCUCACAGACACCGGGAUCUCAAUAGCCCAAUUGUGAGGGGGAGCAGUGCCCUGUUGGUGUGACCAUGGUGUGACCAUGGGCCCCUUGUCCUCCUGGCAGAGGCCAGCCCUUCCAAAGGGGCAGAUUAGCCUGAGAACGAUUGCCAUGGAACCAAGGUCUGGGGGGCUCCUAGGCAGCACCUCCUGUGGCAUGGUGCAAUUUCUCCAAACCUAGCAUGAGAGCCCUGUCCAUUUGCAGCUGCAGCAGGACAGGUGCAAGCCGCAGGCACCGGGGCAGGGCAGGGUGCCACUUGGUAGGCACCCACAGUCCUGUUGCUCAGUGGGGCCUGAUACGGCUCAUUGUUCCCAGUGGGCUCCCUCCCGAAGGAGAAACCUCACAUUAGGAGCUGCCAUUGCAGCCUGCAUGGGGCCGAGCAUAGCACACUAACAGCGGAUGGCCCCGCAUUGCACUUGGGUGUCCAGGAUCACUUGCCAAGCCCAGUGGGGCUCCUCUCAUGGCCCCUGGAUGGCAGGAGGCUCCUGCUUCCAUCCGGCAUCUGGCCAGCAUCAUGCAGCUCAGCCCCACAAAGCAAGUGUGACCAUUGCUCUCGCAGGUGAGCUGCAGCCCCCAUGCUAUUGCAUUCUCUGUUCACUGGCCAAGGGGGUCCCCGCUCGCACCAUGCUGCCCCCAGGGAGCAGUGGCAAGGUUAGGGGUUCACGGGGUCCAGGUGGCUCAUGGGAGUAGCGGCAGGGGAGCUUACACUCAUGCUUCACAGGAGUCCCCCAGAGCUGGAGUGCGAAUUUCCCUGGAGAAACACCAUCUCCCCACCCCUGAUCAGUGCCAUCCUUCCUGACCCUCAGGCUAGAGAUCCCACCCCCACUCCAUGUAUACGGCAGGGCAGAGGGAAACUCUCCGCCUCCUCCCCUGCAGGCCGGGUUGGCUUCCCAGCCUGUCUCUUCCUCUCCUCCUUUCCCUGCUCUACAAGUGGAUAAACCUGUGACUGACCAUUCCCCAGGCGCAUUGGGGUCCCUGGAAAUGGGUAACAGAGAUCAGUUCUCACCUUGUCUGUAGUGCCAGGGCACUGACUGUAGUCCCUGCCCAGCUGGCCAGAGUCAUUUGGGGUCAUUGCUCCUCCUAGUUCACUUCAGUACAGUAUUUGAGACUGUUUACUGCCCUUUCCCUGGGGGAGACAGGAGGGCCUCUAGGACAGUUGUGCAGCCUGGGGCCAUGGCCAGGUCACUGGGAAGCUAGGUGCGCAAGAUUUGAUCACUGGUCCAGCCUGUCCUGCCCUAGCUCCUGCUCUGUUAAGUCAGACCUGCUGGCCCCUCUGGCCUGUGCCCUGCCACCUCAGACUCAGCCUAUCUAGGCUGCUGGCACACCUCUGCCAACAGCUGGUAUUUGGUGCUUCAAAGGAAAGCCACCUGGCCAAUUGUGCAAUACUGCCCUGGGGAUUUCCCCUCCCUGAUGCCUGCACUGAAGCCCAGAUUAUGCUUUUCCCCAAGAAGCAGGAGUAAGGCUUGGAGGCAGGAUGUGAGCUGCCUCAUCACUCUAUGUGUGGUGGCCUCCUGCUCCAGCCAUGCACCCGCCUCCUGCUGCCCAGUGCCGUGCAGCAGCCACUGCUGCGGUGUCAUAGCUGGAAUGACAAGUGUGUCCAUCAGUGUGCACUAAAAACCUGAUUAAACCUGUGCAUAGGUAAAUGCC